AUGGACGACGACGGGGAGGAGACGCCGUCGGCCCGGCCGUCGCGGCUGAGCCGGGCGGCGACGGUCCUGCGGCUGAGGGCGCGCACGAACUCCAUCGCGCUCCUCGUGAAGCGGACGGUGCGGCUCGCGCCGCAGAUCGACCGCCACAUCGACGUCGACGCGAACCUGAGCCAGGCGCUGCUCUGCGGUCUGGGGCUGCUCGUGGCCGUCUUCUCGCCUUUGAGCCACGGCAAGCUCAUGCUGCCGCGCAACGGGCCGGGCUGGGCGCUCUUCGUCACCUGGCUCGGCGCGAACGUCUGCGGCAAGGUGCUCGGCGGCGUCGGCCUGCCGCCGCUCGCGGGGCAGCUCCUGGGGGGCGUCGCGCUGCGGAACCUGCGGGUCUUCCACGCGUCGGCGCUCACGGGCCACUGGAAGGCGGCGAUCCGGAGCUUCGGGCUGGGCGUCAUCAUGAUGCGGAGCGGUCUAGAGCUCGACGUCGACGCGAUCCGCCGCGCGGGCGCGGUGAGCCUGCGGCUGACGGUCAUGCCGGGCCUCUCGGAGGCGCUGGCCGUCGGCGUCGUGGCGUCCUACGUCUUCGCCAUGCCCUUCAUGCUGUCUUUAUCGCUCGGCUUCAUCCUAGCGGCCGUGAGCCCCGCCGUCGUCGUCGUCGGCAUGUUCGACCUGCACCAGCGGGGCUUCGGCACGGCCAAGGGCAUCCCGUCCAUCGUCGUCGCCGCGGCGUCCAUGGACGACAUCGUCGCCAUGCUCGGCUUCUCCGUGUGCAUCGGCCUCGCGGGCGGCCACGGGACGGUCGUGGAGAACGCGACGCACGGGCCCAUCUCCGUCGUCGUCGGCGCUCUCUACGGCGUCCUCGGCGGCGGCCUCGUGGGGUUGACGUCGCUCUGGGACCGGCCCUGGAAGCGCACGGUGGCGACGCUCCUCACGGGCCUGCUGCCCAUGUUCGUCGCCGAGAAGCUCCACGCGCACGGCGGCGGCGCGAUCGGCGCGUUAACGACGGGCCUCGUCGGCGCGCUCGCGUGGAAGCGCGGCGGCCUGCUGAAGAGCGGCAUCCCCAUGCUGCGCAUCGACGCGGCGCUCGAGCGGAUCCGCGGUGAGCUCGCGUUCCUCGCGCGCCGCGUCGGCGACGACGACGGCGCGGCCGCGGCCCUGCUGCGGGCCAGGGACGGCCUCGAGUCCAUCGAGGCCGCGAACCGCGUCGCCGGCGAGCUCCUCACCUACAAGAUGCCGACGACGGUGCGCAUCGACACCGCGGGCAACUUCUUCAAGCUCCAGCGGAGCGAGAACGAGCAGGCGCAGGAGGAGGACGACAAGUCGGCGGGCAGCCGCACGAUGGGCCGGCGCCGGUCGAGCUUCAAGAUGACGGCCGUCGGGGGCCUCGUCCAGCGCCGGCCGUCGGCCGCGUCGGGCGCGCGGUCGCGCGCGGACUCGGGCGGCUCCGACGGCGGCGACGCCCAGGGCAGGACAAGGGUGAUUCAACGCGACGCCGGGCCCGGCAUCGCGAACUCGAACUUCGGGCGGUCCCUGUCCCUCGACGACGGCCUCCGCGCCCACUCCGGCACGACGCUCGAGGACCUCGCCGGCGCCGGGGACGCCGGGGGCGCCGGGGACGCCGGGGACGCCGGGGGCGACGUCGAAGCCGGGGACGCCGGGGACGCCGGGGGCGACGUCGAAGCCGGGGACGCCGGGGACGCCGGCUCCUAG